UAUCAAUCUGAAGACUGACACGCACUGUGGGGAGCAGAAGUCGAGUGUCCUCUGGUCUUUUCGGAGUGGAGGCGUAAGAUUGGGCGACCUACGAAGCGGCUACAAGCCUUGAAGAACUCGGGAGGAUGUCGAGCUCGGACAAACGGGAGGGUCGAGAUCCGAGCUCGGAUCGCCGGGAUGAUGGGGACCGUGACUCCGAUCGACGUGACGACAGAGACCGGCGGUCGUACCGUAAACCAGUGGUGUGUUACAAUUGCGAUGAGGUGGGGCACUACGCUAACCAGUGUCCUCACCGCGAUCGUCGAGUCAGUAGUCGGCCAUCUACAUCGUCCGACACACGUCGUUCACACUCGCCUGUGAGAUUUGCGCGCCGGAGAAUCUACUCGCCGCCAAAGAAGGAUCUGGAGCUACGCGACAAAGUAGUGGAACUGACCCGAUGUAUGGCGUCGAUCAAAAAGCACUUUGAUGCCGUGCAAGCAAAGAAAGCGGAGAAGGCUCGUCGUAAGUUGGAACGUGAGAAGGAGAGGGAGGAAGAGCAACGAAGACAGGAGGAGGAAGACGAAAAAAAGAGGCAGGAGGAACUACGAUGCACAGAGAAACAACGCAAGAAGGCAAAGAAAGCUAAGCAGGAAGCUACACUACGAGCGAAGAUGAAGAAGGACGUGACGUUACAUGCGGCUAUGUUGAUGAACGAGAUUAAGAAUGACUGGAUCAACCAGUGGAAGGCGGAAGUUCUGCCAACACUGGGAGGUGGGAGAUGCGAUGCUAAAGGCAAGAAGAAAGUCGAGUACGUAUCAGGGAGCGAUUAUCACUCGGGGGGUAGCGACGACGAUAGCGACACAAGCGUGACUCAAGAGCUAAGCGUGAAGACCAGUGGACUUUGCAUCACCGAGAAACGAAAACGGGAGGAGGACGUGCCGAUGGAAAACAGUCCUCCGAUGGAGCUUCUGCCUAAAAGAACCCCACGGGGUGGGACGGCGAAGUCAUACAAGGCACCUAUGACUCGAGCUCGGUCGAGGAGGGUCCGAACUCCGAUUCCAGCGAAGAAGAAGACCGCGGUGAAAACUCCUUUUUCGAAGUUGACAAAGUCAACUUUGAAGAAGUCAUCUCCAAGGGGGAGGUUGACCCCGGCCAGUCGUACGCUCGCACGCUUGCGCUACCGCGAUGCAGUCAUGCAUGAGCUGAAGGACUGUAAUGUCGAUGAGCUGCAACGAUACUGCAAAGAUGAAGGUGUUCCCUACGUUGGGAAAUUUGAUGCGAUCUUCAACUUGGCUGAUCAUCGCGCUUAGCAGUACUCCGUCACUCCUCCUAAGGAGGUUAUCCGUAUCACCGAUUCGACAGAUGAGGGGGCCAACGUUUCCGCUGAUACCCACGAGUGA